AUGUCGGACCGCUGCCAACCCUUCUUACAGUGCAUAAAGAAGUCUACGAACACCACCUGGGGACCAGAACAACAAAAAGCAUUGGACGAGUUGAAGACUUAUUUGAGCUCACCUCCUAUAUUGAGCUCUCCUAUUGCUAAUGAAGAUUUAUCCUUAUAUUUGUCUGUCUCGCGAUUCGCUUAUGAUGGAAAAAUUGGCACUCGCACUCCUCAUGGCCAAAAAGAAGUUACGACAAUACUUCGAAAGCCACACGAUCAUCGUAUAUACGGACUAUCCAUUAAAGCAGUUUUUGCCGCAAAAAUCCUACUCGCUGACUUCCUGGUUGAAAUUCAGUCAUUCACUCCUGACGCCCUGCCAGAAUUACUAGAAUCAGAAGAUCAAUGGCUGUGGACAAUGUACACUGACGGAGCAUCCAAUUCCCAAGGAGCUGGUAUUGGCGUCGUAUUAGAAGCUCCCUCAGGACUCAAAAUUGAAGAAGCUAUCCGUUUAGAGCAAUCCGCAAUGAAUAAUGAAGCAGAAUAUGAGGCACUAAUCUAUGGUUUGGAACUCGCACGAGAAAUGGGAAUCCAACGUUUGAACUUUGAACUCAUACUAGUACCCAGGGAGCAAAAUCAGAAGGCCGACGCUCUUGCCAAAUUAGCUUCUGCAGGAGGAUGCACACGCCAGUCCUCCAUAUCCAUAAGCCGAUCAAGCAAAAAUAUGGAAGUCUAUUCCACCUCGUCAGAACCUGAAUGCUGGAUAGAUCUGAUCAUCAAGUACUUGACCACCUCCGAGCUCCCACCUAAUCCAAAAGAUGCAAAACUUCUGCGACUUCGGGCACAACGCUAUUCCAUGAUCCAUGGAACGUUGUACCGAAAAUCCUUCAAUGGACCAUACCUACGAUGUUUGCGCCCAUCAGAAGCUAAAAAAUUGUUAGAAGAAAUACAUGAGGGGACAUGUGGAAAUCACACAGGGGGACGGAGCUUGGCACACAAGGCACUUACAGCAGGGUACUACUGGUCAUACAUGAUGACAGAAGCGCGGGAUUAUGCCAAAAAAUGCGACAAAUGCCAACGAUUUGCACCCACCAUCCAUCAACCUGCUCAAACCUUACACUCCAUCAUUGCACCUUGGCCAUUUGCAAAAUGGGGUAUGGAUGUGGUAGGUGAACUACCUAAGGCCGCUGGAGGACGACGGUAUGCUCUUGUAGCCACUGACUAUUUCACAAAAUGGGUUGUGGCAGAGGCGUACGUCACGGUCAGCAAAACAGACACUAUGUCAUUCAUCUGGACGCAUAUUAUAUGUCAAUUUGGAAUACCCUGGGAGAUAGUCGUCGACAACGGCACUCCGUUCCAAAAUGCAAAGGUACAAGAACUAUGCGACACGUACAAGAUCAAGCUAAGCUUCGCCUCUGUUACUUACCCACAGGGCAAUGGUUAA